UUUGCUGCAUUAUCUAUUUACUUUCAAGGCGUAGAAGACUAACAGGACCGUAGAAAAGUAUAAAUCAUAAAGACGCAAUAAAAGUUCUGGAGACUCGGUGAUAAUACCAGAAGCAGAGCACGGUGUCUUUGACGUGGUUUGAGAGGUUUUCUGAAGACACAGGAACAACUUUUCCAUCGAGGUCAAACUCUUAGGAAAGCUUCUUCUGCAGUGCUCGUUUUUAUCUCAGCUUGUUGAAAAUGGCGGGUGUAAGCGGCUGCAUGAAGUACUCCAUGUUCAUCUUCAACUUCUUAUUUUGGGUGUGUGGUUCCAUUAUUUUGGGAGUCUCUGUAUGGAUACGUGUCAGCAAAGACGCUCAGCAGGAGUUGGAGAUAGACAGCAGCCUGUUUGCAGGGGUUGAUCUGCUGAUAGCCGUGGGCUCCAUCAUUAUGGUCCUUGGGUUUCUGGGGUGCUGUGGUGCCAUAAAGGAGAGCCGGUGCAUGCUGUUGUUGUUUUUUAUUGGGCUGCUUCUGAUCCUGAUCCUUCAGGUCACAGGAGGUAUUUUAGGAGCAGUGUACAGAUCUCAGAUUGAAGCAUCCCUUAACACGACUUUCCAGGCAAGUGUGAAUUCACUGCAAAGCUCUACAGAAGAAUCUAAAAAAUUUCAAGAGACGUUCCAGAAGUUUGAGAAAAUGAACGAGUGCUGUGGUUUGCUGAAUGGACCAGCAGACUGGGGAAAAAAUUUUUUUACUCUUAGCGAAAAUAUCUGUAAGUGUGAACGAAGCCUUGAAUCAACACAGCUCUGUGCCUUAUUUAAAGGACGAUAUGUUUAUGUAAAGCCUUGUGGAGAAGUGAUUAUCAACUACCUUAAAAACCAUCUGCUCAUAAUUAUGGGGAUCGCCUUUGGACUGGCUGUUAUUGAGAUUCUCGGUUUGGGGUUUUCUAUGAGCCUCUACUGCCAGAUCCAGAGAAAAUGAAACUGUGGAAGUGUCAGAACGAUGUCACCAGCCAAAUCAAAACCUUUGUAGAUAGAGGGAUAUUUGGCUUGGCACAUUCAGAUAAAUAUAUGCGUGUCCCAGGCAGCUGUUCUGAUGAAAACGGCAACCCUUGUGCACAUGGAUGCUUCGCAAUUUGCAA